GCCUCGCGCCCGACUUGCCGCCGCCGCCGCCUCCUGCUCACCCCAACGUGGCGGGGCCCAUGGCGCCGGGGACGGGAGCCGCUCAGUGUUUCCGCGAGUCGGCCAUCGCGCUAGCUGUCUCUCGCAGUUUCCCGCCUCUGACCAGCAGGGCCUACCAGCAGCUCCCGAGGCCGGCCUCGGCUCUCUCGUUGGCUUGAAGGGGCGCCCGUGCCGGGAAGUGGAGGCGGAGGCGCCACCAACCAGCGAGGAGGCUCCCGCCCCUCGGAGGCCGGCUCUGCGCGCUGCCUGGGCGGGGUGGGAGUUGGCGGGGGGCGGCGCCUCCUCCUGGAGGCCUCCCUCGGGGUGGGGGCAGCUGCGCCAGGAUUGCCCCCUUCUCUGAGGUAAAGCUUGGCUUGGGGCUCCCGAGCAGCUCCUCUUGUUACCCGAAAGGAAGGGCGGACAAUUAAAAAAAAAGUUUUCCUAGAGGAGGAAGCGACGCUCCUUCGUUGGUUUGUGUUUUAGGAGGCGGACGAGAUCGGAGUGUUGGGCCGGGGUGAGGUAUGUGACUACAGUAAUGGGGUAGCCUUUCAUAUAGCCAGCUCACAGUACCAGCACUUGGGAGAGACUCCCAUAUAAAAAACGUGGGAGAGACUCCCAUAUAAAAAAUGAAAUCUGGGUUUCUUUAGAACUGAGCAUCAUGAAAAUGCGAAAUAUGAGCCUAUCAUUAAAUUAGAAACAACCGCUAUGUGGUAGUGUAUUGCAAUCAAAUUUUCCAAGCCGCUGGGUCUUCUGCCUAUUUUGUCUUUCUGUGUAAACUGCCAGUUGUCUGAAGAUCAGACUGGGUAGCCAUACAAAACUCAAGCUUUCAGAAUUGGAUGCAAAUACCACAAGUUGUCCUGAACUUGUUCCAAAUUUAUUGCUGCUAAAUAACGCUUCAUAUUGUUUAUUGAGGGGUUUUUUUUUAAAAAAAUAAAUGUAUGUGGCUAAUUUUUCCCCAAAAACAGGUUAUGUUUUUCAAGGAACAAAAUUAUGGGCUCUGAAGAGAAAGAAAAUGAAUUAUACAGAAUCACAACUUCUCAGCAAGCAUUCUCCUCUGGUUGUGGUGCUGUUAUUACAUCAGUUUUGGGUAAGGAAAAAACAUUUGAAUCCACUUAGCUUAUUGUGGCUGCAGCUGCAUGUACAUAGUCAAUGGUUUGCCAGGGAUAUGCAGACAGCUCCUGCUUCAUUCUUUCCAUAGUGUGAGUAGGACAAGAAACAAUAAUAUUUGGCUUAGUGCCAAAUUAUUGUAUCCAAACUGGCAAUCAUGGUUUGUUUAAGUAAAACAAGCAAUCCCUGGUUUGGAUGUAAUGCUACACCAUGGACUGUAGUUCAUUGCUCAUGCAAGAGGAGGCAUAAAGUGAGAAUGAUACCUUCAUUCAUGGUAAGCCAGUAGAAUCCUAGAACUGGAGGCUGGUCUUAAAGGCCAUCUAGUCCAGUCCCCUUUUUGAUGUAUGAAAUCUAGAGUUGUUAGAGCAUCCACAACAGAUGGCUGUCCAGCUUCAGCUUGAAGACCUUGAACAGGAGAGCCUCAGGCUCAGUAAUUCAUUUCUUUGUUGAAUCACUGUUAGCAUUAAUAAAUUUCUCUUUAUGCUCAAUUGAAAUGUGCCUUCUACUGCCCUCUGGGGCAACAGAGAACAAGUCUUUGCUGAUUUAUGUAUAUUCAUUUAUUUAGCUUUAUUUUUAAAUCCUUAUUGCCAACUAAUUUAUGCAUUCUAAAGGUUUUCCAAAAGACAAUUUUUAUUUUUGCUUUAGUGACACCCCUAGAUGUUGUUAAAGUUCGACUGCAAGCCCAGAGCAAUCCAAACCUGAAAGGUAAAAUCCUUAUAGAUAUGCAUAUGGGAUACAGAUAAAAGGGUGCCUGUUCUGUUUAUGUUUUGAUAAAAUGUGGCUUUAAUGGUGGAGGAGAAAGUAUUGUGUGGGGGUCACAGAACUAUAAAGGCCUAAUAUUAUGCAUGCAAGACUGAGCUUGGUAUACUGGUUAUUGUUGUAUUUGUGAAUGAUGUUAAAAGGUAAAAGUAUGCUUAAUUUAAGAGUGAAGAGAGAGCUUUAACUUCUAAUAUGUAAGUGGCAGAAUAGAGUGGUGAAUUAAGUUUGUUCAUCACUAUUUCUGCAACAAGAAAUAUCUAACAGGUACUUGUAUACCUCCCAAAUGUAUGCUCCAUUAGCCAAUUAGUAUUAAUGUAUAUAAUGGAUAUAGUACAGAGUUUCCUUAACUUAUUUAAUAAUGUACUGUAUUUUUCGCCCUAUAGGACGCACUUUUUCCCCUCCAAAAAUGAAGGGGAAAUGUGUGUGCGUCCUAUGGGGCGAAUGCAGGCUUUCACCCACCUGCUUCACCCACCCCCUCUGUUACAAACAACAUGACAGGUUUUUUGUUCACCCUUUUAUCAGGAAAGGCUUUUUUGGAUUCUGAUGGCUUGACAGAUCAUGUUUAUCUCUAUGAAAAUGGAACUGGCAAAACUUGGCACAAGACAGCUGGACGUUUUACUGGCAUGACAGUAAGGAGAAACAUAUUUAAUCCUACCAGUUUUAACUCUGAGCACAACACUCAACAGGCUGUUGCUUUUAAAAAAAUAAAUCUAAUAGUAUGAAUUCAAUGUAUUUUGUGUUUGGAGCAGAAGCACUGAUCAUUCUCAUUAUUGGUGUCUGCCUAGUUUUAAGAUAACUCUACUCCGGGUGGGAAAUAUGUAAGUCAGAAAUAAAGCAAAUGUUUUUUAAAUAGGAUCAGCAUCAAGAGAUAAUUCUAAUUACCAAGAAUUACCAAUAUAUGAGUAUUGAUAGAGAGUAAGAAAAGAAAUAUGAUUUAACUAAUUCCUAAUACUUAACAAGUUGCAAAUGGUAGGAUCCUGCUUAGCUGUUGUGGUGUCCAAGAUUACUGUUUUCUGUGCCCUUGGAAAUUUCUUGUCAUAGUCAAGAAAUGGCUUCCAAGCUUACUGACUUGGUAUUAGAUGAGACUAGACUCAAUACAGAUCUGACUUCCCUUAGACACUAGGCCAAUAUAUUGGACUGGCUGCAUCCCCCUUGUCUUUUUAAAGUAAAGAAAAACUCCUAUAACUGCUAGCUCCAACUUUGUAGGCUGGAUUCUGCAAUUUAGGGCUUAAUUUAGCAAGAGACAUAGCUCUCCCAACACUUUCUUUGCCUUUUCCUUUUCUUAAUAUACAGGUAAACACUGCCCAUUUGCACAACUGGCAGUCAGCUAUUGGGGUAGGACAACGUCUGAUACAAUGAUGUUGUGUCACAGAUUGUGUUUGAGACAUUCAGAGAAAGGGUUGGACAGAAAUACUGAACUGCUGCUACUCCAUAUGCCUUUUAACAUCCAAUUAAGUAUUUGGUUCAGCUGUGUAUCAUGUAAGGGAGGAAAUUCCCCACGAUGAUAAUUUAUUGAUCAGGUUAGAUUGUAUAGCUUCUUAUACUGCAUUUGUUAUUUGUCAAGCUUUUCCAUAGUCCUAAUAUUAGAAAUAAACAUGCAAAUCCUAUUGUAAAACAUACUAUUUUUAAUAUAUAUAAAAAAAUAAAAUUGUCUAGUAGCACUUUAGAGACCACAAACUUAGUUGGUCUCUAAGGUGCUACUAGACAAUUUUUUUAUAUAUUUUUACUGCGUCAGACCAACACGGCUACCCACCUGAUACUAUUUUUAAUAUUGUUUUAAAUGCUGUAACUUGUCCUGGUGAAGGGUAGGUAAUAAAUAAUCAUUAUUGUUAUUAUUAUUAUUAAUACAGAAAUAUGAUUAUAUGUCUCUUUGAAGUGUGAGGAAUUUUUCUUUCUUUGUUUUAUAUCCUGCCUUUCUCCCAUUUUAGGACUCAAGGCAACUCACUGCAUGAAUUAAAACAAAUACAGCUGAAUACAAAUACAACAAAACACACAGCCACUAUAAAUGUUAAAAAAUAAUAACCGCACUGAAAACUUUUAACCAUAUAACAGCAGAAAGAAACAAAACAAAAUAAUAUACAAACUAGUGCAUUAGUGUGCAAAAUAUUUUUAAAAUAAUGUUUUUGUAGACUUACCAAAAAAAUAGACAAUUUGUAGUUGCAGACCAAACAGAACUUACAAAAAUCUGUAACCCUUUCUUUCUUCAUAUUUGGCUAAUUUAGGAUGCUUUUGUGAAAAUUGUUCAAAGAGAGGGUGUGAAAAGCCUGUGGAGUGGACUGCUUCCAUCACUGUAAGUUAUAUACCGUAUUUUUCCCUCUAUAACACGCACCCGACCAUAACACGCACAUAGUUUUUAGAGGAGGAAAACAAGAAAAAAAAUAUUCUAAACAAAACAGUGGAUGUAUGAUUUUUGUGGUUCAUGCUGUGGCCACAGACAUGUGAUCUGACGGUGAGUUUGAGGUGGCCCAAUGCAAAAAUCCUGACGAUCCAUGUGGAUCCAUGCUUUGUAACCACGUUUUUGCACCACUGCAGCCCCAGGCAACAGUGGGUGCGUGAUUUUUUUGGUGCAAGCUGUAGCCAUGGACAUGCUAUGUGAUCUGAUGGUGAAUUUGGGGUGACCCAGUGCAAAAAUCCUGAGGAUCCAUGUGGAUCCAUGCUUUGUAACCACGUUUUAAGUGGGGAGGGAAGGAAAAGCACUCAAGGGACAAGGAACACGCGUGGGGUGGGUGGAGAAGGAUGCUGUUAAUAAUGCAGAAGGGGGGUAUAAGAGGAGAAGCAAGCAGGCUCUGCUUCUCUCCCUCCUCCCCGGCUCGCUGAAAAACUUUGCUGCUAUUUAGCCAGCUGAGUGGGGAGGAGAGAGGGACAGAGAGCCUGCUUGCUUUAAAGGAGCCAACCAGACAGGAGCCACUUACACUCGUGUAAGUGGCUCCUCUCCUCUCCUGCUUUGCUCCUUUAAAGCAAGCAGGCUCUCUGUCCCUCUCUCCUCCCCACUCAGUGGCUCUUCUCCCACUUUGCUGUUUCAAAGCGAGCCACGGAGGAGGGAAGGAAGAGGAACCAUGGAUCCUCUGCUCACGACUGCAGCAGAUCCCCCCGCCAUCCGUAGGCAUUCACUCCAUAACACGCACAGACAUUUCCCCUUACUUUCUAGGAGGAAAAAAGUGAGUGUUAUGGUGCAAAAAAUACGGUAGUUAUUGUCUUCCUAUAUAGCUUCCUGUAAAGCACGCCUGCAGCAGAGUCUCUCCCUCUGGGGUCCUCUCCUCCCCAUCAUCUGUAAAACAGGAAGCAGCUGAGAGGGAAAGGGGCUUUGAUGUUGUGCCAAGCAUGCAGUUACAGAUUCCUAUGUUGUUAGAAGAUCUGCUGCAGGAAAGGCAAAAUACCUUGGCAGAGACAUAGACAUGUGCUCCUUGUAAAUAGGCUUUUUGCAAUUGUAUGAAUGCAAGUUUUGUAGUGCAAUUGCAUUUUGAAGUUUGAAUAGCUAGCUGUAAGGUAGGGCUUGCGAUUCAUCUGAGCAUUGGCACAGUUUGCAUUCAUUUGUUGGCAUUGUUGAGUUCUUUUUGCUUUCAGCACAGUCAGGAUAGAUAAAGGGUGUCAGAGAGCUAUAGACACCUGGAAUAGUUCUGAUCUAGACACUCAUAUUUUAACCAGUUAAACUAGAGGGGCAACAGCUAACUGAGAAAGUAAGUGUUUAAUGAUUGGCAACUUUACUAAAUAUUUAUACUUUUGUUUUAGAGCAGUUUCAGUUCCAACAACUGUAGUUUAUUUUACCUGCUAUGAUCAACUACAUGAUACCUUCGGUUCUAAAAUAGGAGAAGAUCAUGAUUCCGUUCCACUUAUUGCAGGUGGCCUAGCUAGAUGUGAGUCAGUCUCUGCUCUCUAGUUUGCUGUUAAAACUUUAUUUCAUGUGGGUUAAAAGAAAGUUUGGAUAAGUUCCAUUGCUUAUAGCUAGCAUUUUAUAAUAAAGCAAAUGUUGUGAUAGUGUAACCUAGGAAACACUUAUAUUAUUAGCCAUGCCUCAUACUCAGAUUUAAGCACAAAAGAUUUUGGCUGGUGCAGGCCUAACACUUUCUCUUAGCCACACUUCAGAACUUGAGAUACCUUUCUGAGUUCGUUUGAUGCUUCUCUGUACAAAGUGCAGUUGACUCACCUCAGUCUUAUCUGCAUUAGGCUUCAGUUUAUUAGCCCUCAUCUGUUGCUGGUUCUAGGUGGGAUUAGAAGAAAAUAAUAAAACUGGAUGUCAUCAGUGUAUUGAUGUCACUAGACUUCAGAACCUCACAUGAUCUCUUGCAGCAACUAUCUGUAGAUGUUGAGUAAUAAAAUGGAACCACAUUAAGAGUUGCACCAAAGGAAUGGUUGUGGUGUUUGAAAUAUUUGAAGCAAGUUUCAAAUUCUGUUUGGUUCACAUGGCAAGGGAAACUUAGGGCAGUUGAACUACAGUGGUACCUUUGGAUAGGCACACCUCUGGUUGCAUAUCCUUCGGGUUACGCACGCAGCAAACCCGAAGUAUUUUUUCCGGGUUUCGCUGCAUACACAGAAGUGUUCUACACGCCGCGCGCAUGCACAGAACAGGCACCUCCAGUUGCAAAUUACUUAGGAUCCGACCGGAGCUCUGGAACGGAUCCCAUGCGCAACCGGAGGUACCAUUAUAGUUCUUUGCCCUUGAGGCAACACGUACAUAAUUAGAUAAUUAUUUUUAUUAUGUUUAUCUGCAUUGAAAAAAUGACAGGCAUGGACAAAACAGAGAAAGCAAGUCUUCUCUUGCAGAUGCUACUAUGGGAAAUGUUCUAUUGACAUAGCUAUUGAGCAUAUUGUGUUCCUCCCCUCCCACUUAGUGUGUGCAGCCACUGCAACAAGUCCGAUCGAAAUGAUAAAAACAAGAAUGCAGUCUCGGCGGUUGAGUUAUAAAAAACUGCUUGCUUGCAUUAGUAGUAAUGUGACCCAAAAUGGUUGGCUUUCACUCUGGAAAGGAUGGGGUCCCACAGUUCUAAGAGAUGUACCAUUCUCAGGUAUGACUUGUUUUGCAUUGGUAGUACUUUUGGUUAUAUUGGCUGAUGCAGAUUCUUUUCAGAUGAAGAUUUUGCCAAUUUGGGAUGUCUGAAAAGGCAAGAGGAAAGAAUCCAAAUAAGGCACUGCUUUACAAGUAUGAAAUGUAUGGGUGUCUGCAUGUAAUUAAUGAAGGCCAAUACGUUUAUUUCCUUUUCACCAUGACUGAAUGUAUGAAGCUUUAAAAAAAUGUUUGGUUAUGCCAUGCUUCCAAUACUAAACAGAGUAUUUUCAGGGAGGGGGCGGCGUUGAAACAGAGACUGGCCCUACAGCAAUGCCCAGCCACACACUGUGAGCACUGAAGUGCUCUAUCAUUUUUAAACAUUCUGUAGCUAAGCCCACAAAUUUUCAGCCCACCAACUUUUUUACUAGCCCACUUGCCCACAUAUAAAUAAUGCUAAUUAAAGUAAUGGUUUAAAAACAAAAGUUAUGUGAUUAGAGUAUUAAGAGAGAUCAAGAAGAACUAUUUCUACCUUGAAAUAAUUCAAAUGGCCCCCAAUGAAAACCAUUUUUGGUCCAAACUCAGAUAUACAGCCUGAUCCUACAGAUGAUUGACUUGGAAGUAAGCACUGUUUUAACUGGUGCUUACUUCUGAGUUUAUUGUAUAGGAGUAUGGUCUUAAGGUUUAAACUAAUGCACAAUAUCAGUUGACAACAAUUUGACUAGUUGGCUGGCAUGCCCCCUCCCGGCACAUGAUUAUUAUAUUUUUAUUCCACAAUGUGGUAAGUAACAAUGUGAUGAGCAAUUAGUUUGCUUUGUGGAAGCACAAUUGCUUCUGUCUAUUUGUUUAACUGCUAACCAUACACAGUCGUACCUUGGAUCUCAAACGCCUUGGCUGCUGAACAAAUCGGCUCCCGAGUGAUCGAAACCCAGAAGUGUUGCGGUUUUCAAACAUUCUUUUGGAACCCGAACAUCCAACACGAGUUCCACAGCUUCCUAUUGGCUGCAGGAGCUUCCUACAGCCAAUCAGAAGCCACGCUUUGGCUUCCAAAUGUUUUGGAAGUCGGACGGACUUCCAGAAUGGAUUCCGUUCGACCUCCAAGGUACGACUGUAUAGACAUAAAAAACUUGAUCACUGUAGUUCUCCAUUUUCAGAUUGCAAAAAGCCUCUUUCAUUUUCUGACUUUUUGUUCUUAUAGCACUGUACUGGUGUAACUAUGAAUACUUGAAGAAGAGGUUAUGCAAGAAAUUAGGUAAAAUGGAGCCAACAUUCCUUAUAACUUUCUCAUCAGGAGCAGUAGCUGGUUCUGUAAGUCUAAUUUUUGUUGAUAACAUUUUCAUCUAAUAGAAAUUACAUAAUUUUUACAUAAGACGUGAAAAUGUAUAUAGUAGUCUUGUAUAUAGAGUCUGUCCUGAUAAUUUAAAUGAGAGGGCAGAUCUAUACUUGGGCAACAUAAGGCAACAUAUGGGCUACUACUAAAAUGAGGCUGCAUUUUAAAUUGUAUUUUAACUCGUAUUUUAAUUAACUGUUUUUUGUUUUGUGUUGUGUUGUGUUUUUUCUUCCCUAUUAUGUUUUAUUGCAAUUUUGUUUGUUGUUAGCCGCCCUGAGCCCGGUUCUGGCUGGGGAGGGCGGGGUAUAAAUAAAAAAAUAUUAUUAUUAUUAAAAUAAGAAGGCAUUCUGAGUGGGAAACUCCUUGUGCACUUUUAAGGUAUCAACAGAGAAGCAAAAAAUGAAAGAAGAAAAAAAUUCAGUUUAUUAAAGCCAAGGCAAAAGGCAAUGAUCUUCUUAGCACAUUUAUUUGGAACAAUGUCCUGUUAAUUUCAGUUGUACUUUCUUUGAAGUAAAUAGGCUGUGGUUUGGUUGCUUCAGCAUAAACUCACAGCAUUGUUUUAUGCAUGUUUACUUAGAAGGACCAAGCUAGAUGAGAUGCUAAACAUAUCUGUAGUACCCACAUUAUGGGGAAGAUGAAAGCAUCCAGUUGUGCUACUGCAGAUGUACUAUUAUACUAUUACAUUAUUGCACAUUUUAAGCCAAGCAAAAUGCAUAGCACUUCAUUCGUAUAUAUGUUUACUAAAAUGUACACACACAUGAGAUUGUACUUUUUAUUGCAAAUAAAAAGGUUGUGAUUUGCAGAGUGAAAAUUGCUUUGAUUCCCACCUAGAUGCUGAAUUUAACACAGAUAAACUCUCAGGAUUUUGUAUCAGCAGUAUUUCAUGCUAUAUUAACAGUCUGAUGCGUAUACUUCAGUCUCAUUGAGUUAAUUGGAACUUAAGUAUUUUAAAUGUAUUAGAUUGUGUUAGUGCAGUCCAACAAGAUGCAAGUCAGCACACGGAGUAUUUUAUGCUUACAAUGAAAGUUGCAAUGGAAUCUAUUUGCCUGUGGGUACUGUUAACAUUCAAAAAUUUAAUUCCCCCCUAGAUUGCUGCUGUAUUAACUUUACCCUUUGAUGUAGUUAAAACACACAAGCAGACUGAAAUGUGGGAACCUGUCAGCACACAUGGUAAGUUCUAAUUCACCAAGUAUUUUUUCUCAAGUGGAAGUGGAAGACACAUGGUAAGUUCUAAUUCACCAAGUAUUUUUUCUUUCAGAUCCACUAUCAAGUACAAUAUUUAUUGAAACCCAUUCUUGGUGAUCUAACCAGUAUCAUCAAUACCUUUGUAGCAUCAUGGAAGGACCACACACUCCAUGGGCUGCCCUUAGUGAAUAUUUGGAAGCUGUAGAAUGUGCUGGCCUGCUAGCCUCUUUUAUAUGAUCAGGAAGGCAAGAGAAUAUUCAGCAAGCUCUGAAUCAAGUGUGUAAUAGUUAUUUCCAAUAAAGUACUUCUUUAAUGUCUUACGUUUUAUUGCAUUACGUUUUGAAUUCUAUGGUAUUCAAAUUGUAAUUCAAUAAAAUACAAUAUAAGAAAUAAAGUUAACAAUCACACUGCAUUUAGCACAGCACAUUACAAAUACUACAACCAGCAGAAAAAAUAUUUCACGUUCCACCAAGACCCUGAGCAAUUUUCUUGUGUUACAUGAGGGAAAAUGAUUGGGAACUACUGCUCUUGAGCAUUCUUGAUAUAAAAAGGUGAGAUAAAAAUGUUUUGGGGGGGUUGAAAGCAGUCCCACCUGAAGAUGGUGCCUCCUUGCAAAAUUUACCACCAGAAAGAUGUGGCUAGCUAGGUAGAAGUAUAAUUGACAUUUAAUUGUACAUCCACAUUUUUCUACUCAUAUUUAGUAGUUUUGUUUUACGCAGCUUCACAGCAGAGGAGUUUAUCGAUAUGGGAAUUAAUGAAGAGAAUUGUUGCUGAAAAUGGAUUUACUGGAUUAUAUACUGGUAAAUUAUGGCUUUCUCACUAAACUAGAGGUUGAUAUGUUUUCCAUACAUUGUUUGUCUUAGACAGUAUUGUAGUAUCUACAACAGAACUUACUGUGCAGUCCAAACACCCUUCACCACCACCCCACACACCACAUUCCUGUCCAGUGCCACAGUGGGCCACAAUGUCCUUUCACCCAGUCCUGCCAGCCUCCACCUGGUGGCUGCAGCACUCACUGUUCUGUCUGAUUUAUGGCAGGGGGUGGUACGGGGCUGAACCUGCCUAGGAUUCAUUGGAGCCAAAGCCAGCCCCACGGCCAUCCAGGGACAGCAUCAUGCCCAAUCACUGCAGAAGCUCUGAACUGAGCAGGACUCCAGAUGCAGUGGUGGUCCUGCCCAAUUGUUAGGAGCAGCUCUGAUUAGGAUUGCACCUUAAGCUAUUUAAAACAUUUAGCAAUUAUGACAGUCUUUCUGUAGUUAUGACAAUAACUCUUUGUUGUUUUGCAUAGCAAAGUUUCCCUACAAACUAUUUUGCAAUUGUGAAAAGUGGAAAACAAACUAACUCAGUUACUUAAUUGGAGAGGCCCCCAGGGCACUGAUCAGUCCCAAUGAUGAGAAACUGUUAAGCCCCCAUGUAAGAAUGGGAUGCAGGUAAAAUAAAUACAAAAAUUCUGGAGAAACAGCCUUGGCAAAUAAAAAUUCUCAUGUACUGUUCUUUCACAGUCUCUAUGAGAGCCUGAAGCAUUACCAUGAACAUUGUUAUGGGUAAACUAUUAGGGUUGUGCUUUUGAAUCUCUCAAAGAAUCUAUGAACUUUAUUAUAUUAACAAUGAUUAAGCUCAUUCAACUGCACUGUUGAUAAGAUCAUUCAGAUUUAUUAGCCUUACUUUUCAAAUGGCUUUGAUCUCUUUGAAAUCUGCUACAAAGCCACUAUUCAUAUACUCCCAAUAUUUUGUUUAUGGAUGAUGGCUCAAGGCUUGUCAAACCUGUGCUUUCUGUACAUUGUAGGUUUAAGGUACAUGCAGUGAUCUUGUGAGAUAGGGUCUGUAAAAAUAUAUUGGUAUAAUGGUUUCUGCACAGUGAUAAAUAUAAGAGCAUUCAGAUUGCAAGACUGAACAACAGGAGAAACCUAGCUAAUAGUGGAGCACUGCUGUACUGGCAUUUAUAACUAUCAGUUUUUAGCCACAUUCUGUGUUAUAGACAAUAAGCAAAUGAACAUACUGUGUGGUCCAUUUAGACUUCAGAAUAAUGAAAUAUAGAUAAUUGGUUCUGGCCCCACUCUGCUCCAUCUUUUGUGUGACAGUCCUUCAGAUAUUUGAAGACAACUAUCAUGUCCCCUCCCCUCUUCUAGGCUAAACAUAACAAAUCAUUGAAAUAAAUGGGUAAGUACAAUAACAUUGUGCUAGUUGUGCAAAAAUUUAAGCAAUUACAUACAAUAGCUUACUGAUGAUCUCCCACUUAGUUAUUCCAUACUUUUGAAUAGUUGUAAUUUAUCUUUUCUGUAGGCAUUAUUCCAAGACUGACAAAAAUUGCUCCUGCUUGUGCCAUAAUGAUCAGCGCCUAUGAAUAUGGGAAGUCUUUCUUCCGUAGAAUAAAUAAAGACAAAGCUAUGAAGAACCUUUAAUGCUGAUUCUGUAAACUUAGUGGCAGCAGUAAGAAGGUCCAUAAGAUAAUUUUAUAUCUUAAAAAUAUAGUUGAUAAGCUCCUUGCAUAUCAUGCAUGCCUUCAAGUCAGCUCUGUUCCAAGACGAGGACCUGGUUCUGCAAAAGAAGUGCUGCACAGCCCAUGAACUGCUGUAGGCUUCCUCCAGGAAAAUUUCAAUGUCUUUCAUGCAGUAGCAACUUGAUGUAGCUAACCAUCAUAUAGCUGGUAACAGCCCAGCUGGUUUUAGCAAUAUUUUUCCCCCACAGAACCGUAUUUUGAAAUUAUACAUACAAGCUUGUAUUUCCACAAAGGAAAUAAUGACUCAGACACUCAAGGCCAUAUUAUUUAGAGUGCCUACAUCAUGUGAUUGAAUAAUCCAGGUUAACAGCGUAUGUGAAUAAGGCAUAGGAGUAGGACAAACAAAAUUCCUUCAGGAGCUAUGUUUAAUAUGCACAGAUCUUAAUGAAAACCAUGAGAAUUUCCUAGUUUGGAUAUUUCUACACUGUUACGUUACCAAAAUCUUUAGCAUGGCAUUACCCAGAAACAGCCACCUUUUUAAUUAAACAAGGAAAAUGUAUUUUCUUAAUAAAAUAUAAAGUUUACACUUGAUGUCUUUCCAGGACUGAUAAAGGCGUGCACCCAGCUAUUGUGCAAGAGGGUACACACACCUAGCCUGGAAUUAUGCAUGUCUUGCUUCCUAGUAAAGGGUUAAUAAGCUUCCAGUUGUACUUGAUAAUACAGUGUUAUGCACACCGGCAAUACAUUAUUACAUUAAUUCAAUAUAGCACAUGGCCAAUUAUCUUUUGCCAGCUGUAGAAAUUACUCUAAUAUAUUCACACAGAGUUUAAAUUACAGUGGUACCUCGGGUUACAUAUGCUUCAGGUCACAUACGCUUCAGGUUACAGACUCUGCUAACCCAGAAAUAGUACCUCGGGUUAAGAACUUUGCUUCAGGAUGAGAACAGAAAUCGUGCUGUGGCGGCAGCGGGAGGCCCCAUUAGCUAAAGUGGUGCUUCAGGUUAAGAACAGUUUCAGGUUAAGAUCAGACCUCUGGAACGAAUUAAGUACUUAACCCGAGCUUUCCAAAGCCAAUACAGUGGUACCUUGGGUUACAGACGCUUCAGGUUACAGACGCUUCAGGUUACAGACUCCGCUAACCCAGAAAUAGUACCUCGGGUUAAGAACUUUGCUUCAGGUUGAGAACAGAAAUCGUGCUGUGGCGACAGCAGGAGGCCCCAUUAGCUAAAGUGGUGCUUCAGGUUAAGAACGGACCUCCGGAACUACUUAAGUUCUUAACCUGAGGUACCACUGUACACUAUGAAUGUUACAAAGUAAAACUGCUACCAUGGGUGCGAAGAGAACAAAGACCAUUAAAAAAAAAUAUGUUAGCACAUCCACAAGUGAAAAUCUAGGGCAUUGUUAUAUAAGGAUCAUAGUACACUUCAGACCAGCGCUUGAAGCGCCAUCACUGCUAUAGAUGUUUCAGAUCCAUUGGGCUAUUUAUUUCACUUACUGUAGUACUGCUAAUUUUGAAGAUAAACAUCUUCCUCAAAAUAUCCUAGUCAAGAAAAUUUAGCAUCUUAAAUUUCUAAAUUUCAUGAACAGUUGCGAUCACUGCAAACUUUCGUUCCACAUCCUUAUUUAAAACAUUGUACCACACCUUUCCUUCUAAAAAGCUCAAAGUGGCACCUUAAAACAUAACUGAACAAUUUAAAAUACAGUAUGAGCACAACUUAGGUGUGUUUAACAAUUUAAAAUACAGGAUGAAUGGCACUUACAUGUGUUAAACUAUGCAGUUGAAAUCACAAAUUAAGUGUAUUGAAGGUGAAGAGCUUAAAAGCUCUUUUUUGUGCAGCAUUUUCCCAGCCCAGAAAGAACUUUUAAGCUCCCAGACUUGCUUACAGAGCUCUGGGAGGCUCUCGCAAGAUCUUGCAGGAACUUGGCCCAAUGAGAUCUCUCAAGAGCAUCCCAGAGCCCAGUAAGUAAGUAUGGGAACUUAAAAGCUCCGCCUUAGGAGACAAAGCCUGCUCAGUACACACCUCCAGAAAGGGUAAGGAUGCUCGUACAGGGGUGGUUUGACUAUACAUGCCAUCCCUGGGAUGUAUAAGACACAAUUGUUCUCUAUCAAUUACAAAAACACUAAAGCACCAAAAUUACAAUCCACCAGUAGCAGCUCAUUGUACAGAUUAUAUGACCAUGCUUGAGAGAAAAUUGGGCAAAUUGCUUUUUAAAUGCAACAUAAAUUUAUUUUAUGUUGAUAGCAACAUUAUUUUAUUUGAUAGGUUUAUAGCCACUUUCCCAUUUUUUAAUUCAGGUUUUAAAAUCAAUCAUAAGCUUACAAAAAUAAUGUAAUGUAGUACAAAUAUUUUGCAUAGCAGCACUGCAAAUGGUCCAGUUAAAACAUAACUACAAAUUAACUCCCAGAAUAAAGUUUCCACACCUUGUAAGUGAAAGAAAAUGGUAGCCACAGUAAUUGAUUAGGAUUUAUGCAGUAUGUUCUAACCACAUUUACCUACUGUAAACCACUUAAAGAUCUUUCAGACAGAAAGCAGUAUAUAAUUGUAAAAAUGUCUGUAGUAAAACAGUCUGUAAUGCAAAGUUGAACAGUUUAUAGUUUCCUAGCACAACUCUGCAAUUCCCGUAUGAUAGCAUUGGUGUAGUGCACUUGGCCGUUUGUUCCAUUUGAAUCAAUAUUCAUUUAUUGUGGUAUUAUGUAACACCUAUUAAAAUCCUUCUCAAGAUUGUGUACAAGCUAAAAUGAUAAAACAAUGGCAGGCAAUAUUUCUGUUAUAAAGAAAAAGUACAACAACAAAAGUAGUAAUAGUACAAAAUGUUUAAUGCACAUGCAACAUUUGAUACAGCAGCGCAAGUCUGCACAAUUUGGGUUUUUCCCCAAGUCUGAAAACUUGACAGAAUUUCAGAACUUGACAGAAUUUCAGAACAAAUACAGUAAACUUUUCAUGCACAAAUAUUGACCUGACUGGUUUCACAUACAAACUAGAGAUUUUAGUUAUGGUCUGUAAAAAAAAGGCUUUGAUCCCAGCUGCUCCAACUAGUCAAUAACUGGCGUGACAAAGUCAUGUUUCCAGAUCAACAGUAAACUGUCCCAAGGAAGAGUUCACACAUACAAACCUGCUAACAAUACUCUCUAUACCUCUCAAAACUUGGCUGUAAAGAUUUCAUUUUUCCUCAUGUUCUUAAAAGAUAACUAUUUUACAAGAGAUAAUUAACAUGCAUUGCAUUACUUUUAUCAGGUAGUCAGUACGUAACAUCUGGCAAAGCAGGAACAUUGUCUUGUUUUGUCUCAUAAUUUAGCUCAGCACAUAUGAAAAAUAAUGAACUUGCCAACACAAAGAAUUUCAUGUAUAAUCUGCUUUCUCUUAAUGCUAAUCAAUUUUUAUAGCAAAUCUUACAAGAGGCACAUCUCUUUUUGGCAAAAUAAUAAGUAGGUAAUCAAACUGAUAGUGCAAAAAUUAGCUCAACUUGUAGAGUCCCCCGUGUUGUUCCAAAUUAGAAAAUAAUGCAUGGAACUUCUUUGGCACAAUAAAGCAUUUCCUCAGUCAUGAAAUUUAGGGGCUGUAUGCGUAUUGAUGCUUUUACACAAAAUAGCCUGUGAUUACUGCAUGUAACAAUUCCCAGUAAUGCUAGGAAAUGAAACUCAUUACACUGUAGAAAGGGUUGCACUUUAAAAAUUAAACUGCAGAAGGUUAAAAAAAGCAUGGCUAGCAUUGUUUAUCUGUUGACCAGUGACACCUGAUUUAAACUUUUUACUACAGAGCAGGUAGCAAGACUUACAUAUAAGUCUAUUGUGAUACUUGCUUUUCGGAGAAAAACCAAGUUCUUAAAAGGAACCACUAUAGAUAGUUGCACUACUUUUAUCUACAAGUGUCUCCUACCUUUACAUUUGGACAUGUCAUGAGCACAAACAAUUUGGAUGCUGUCUCCAAAUUUCUCCCCUUUGUACCCUGCAAGUAGUUCAGCGUGUCAGAAUGGCAAAUAUGUGGGAAACCCUGAUGAAAGUAAGUAUAAUGAAAAUUCAGGUGUAGAUCUAAUAGCUACCACCGCUCUAAGUAGUUCAGUUUUUUCAAUCCAUCUUAAUAGAAUACAAUUCAAAUAUUUUGUUCUUACAAUAUAGUCAAUAUUUUCACUUACCUAUUGAGUUUUAAGUUAUCCUUGUAAAUGUGAGCAUAUCUAAAGAAGUGAGGAACGUAAGCUUCAAGAGAAGACAGAUUUUGGCAGUUAAGAUAACCCCUUUUUCUCUUAAUGAUGAUUUGCAGCCUUAAUUGUACAUUCAACAGACUGAAAAUCAUGAAUAUUGUAAGCAGUCAAGGAGUAUUUUUUAAAAACAACUGCAAGCCAUUGUUUUUUAGAUGUUGCUAAAAAGGACAGAGUAGCAAUUUUUAAAACCAGCAUAAUGUUGUAUGAGUCUCAACCGCAGAUAAAUUAAGGAAUGUCAACUGAAUACAAAUUCAGAGAUCUUCUUUAUAUAGAUCCACUCCAGAAGGUGUUAGUCCGGGGCUUGUCAUAUCUGUUGUAGGACUUGCAAGAUACUCACUUGACUUCAGACUUGUGAGAGAUUUGUAACUUGCUACUGAUGUCAGAGAGCCACAGAGACCAAGCAAUGAAGGAGUGUCUUCUUUUCCUAUUUAAGAAAAAAAAUUAACACUAGUGACUGGCACAUCCAGGGUGAUCAAUAAGGGAGCAUAAAGCAAUCGCUUUGCUCCCUUCUCCUACCCUUUUCAGGGCAAGUGUGACUGUCUAGAACAGGCAUUUCACCUAAUUUCUGGAUACAAGAACUGCCCAUGAACUACCCUCUGUCUUAGCAGAGUUCAGCUUCAGUUUAUUUGCUCUCAUCCAUCCAAGCACCAUUACCUGUAAUAAAAAAAUUACUUGUAGAUAA